UCGCGGUCGCAUCUCAUUCAACGAUACUCGCUCGAAACAAUUAGUUCAAACCAAUCGCGUCCCGAUAACGCACGUGCUGUGAAGUGAUCAAAAUGUUCAAUAAAAGUAUGUCUCUUAUGGUGCAGACCAUAUUGGUCUUGAUGGAGAAGCAGAAUUCUACUGGAGUUCAGAUUAGUGUUAAUGAUGAUAUGGAUUUGGAGCGGUGCUACGAGUCGUUCGGGUGCUUUUCGAAGGCGUAUCCUUGGACGGAACAUCGGCCUGACAACUACUUCCCCGAGUCUCCUCAAUCCAUGCGAAUAAGAUAUCCAGUGUUUACGAGACGGAACAGGAAGAUACCAGUGUUACUAGAAGCUGACAACGUAGAAAAAGUACGCAACGCGAAUCUGGACCCAAGAGGACCUUUCUAUCUGAUCUCACACGGGUUUUUGGAAGGCGGAGAUAAGAAAUGGAUCCAAAACAUGGCGGACGCCUUACUGAACCUAGAAGGCAACGAUGCGGCGACAGUACUCGUGGUAGACUGGCGCGGAGGCUCCCAGCCGCCUUACGGACAAGCUGUUGCCAACAUCAGGCUUAUCGGCGCCAUGACAGCUCACCUCGUCAAAGACAUUAAGGAAGUGUUAGGGCUGGAGAAUUUGGACAACUUCCACUUCAUCGGACAUUCUCUAGGCGCGCAUUUGGGCGGUUACUGCGGGCACGCAUUACAAAAGAAAUUCAACUUGAAAUUAGGAAGAAUAACAGGCCUGGAUCCCGCUGCGCCGUACUUCAGUCAGACCGUGACGCUGGUGCGACUAGACCGGUCGGACGCGAAGUACGUGGACAUCAUACACAGUAACGCCAUGCCCUUGUAUUAUGCAGGUCUGGGUAUGUCCGAGGCCAUAGGCCACGUGGACUUCUACCCGAACGGCGGCGUCAUCCAGCCCGGCUGCAAGAAGGUGGACAACCACGUCACCACGCUCAACGAUGACAUGUACAAGUGGAUGGUGAAGUCUGUGGGCUGUAACCACGAGCGGAGCUAUGAGUUCUUCACUGAGAGCAUCUCGCCGUCUUGUCCGUUUAUGUUCAUACAGUGCGAGUCUUAUGAGGCAUUCCUGGCAGGCAACUGCACUUCAUGCAGUCAAACCCAACUCUGUAUCCCCAUGGGAUACCACUCAUACAAGGCGUACAAGGAACUGCUGGAUCGAGGGCUUGUUGACACCAUCUCGAACGUCGCGCUGUACGGGAAAACUGGAAGCAAGAAACCAUAUUGCAGAGUGCAUUACGAAGUGGUGCUGAAGGUGUCCAACUCGACGGCCAGCAGAACGCACGGGCCCGAUGUGGGAAGAGUGCAGAUAACUCUCAUAGACAGAAACAACAACAAGAGCAAUUACAAGUUCUUGGAUGAGGAACAGAAAUACUACAAACCCGGCGAUAUAGACAAGCAGAUGGUGGCGGUGAGGGACACAGGUCUGCCGCCGCUGUCGGUCAUGGUGGAGUGGAAGUACGAGACCAACCUGUUCAACCCCAUCACGUGGCGGCUGCUCAAAUCACCCAGCGUCUACGUCGAGUACCUUAAGCUGUCUUCCAUUGAAUACAAUACUGAUAUCACCGUGUGUCCAAAAAUGAAUAAGCCAGUGGUUGCAAACCUACCUUCGGUGAUGAAGACUAAAUAUUGUAGAUUUUAAGCUGUCACACAGCUUUGAACAUUACAUUUUAAAGAUCUCACUCACAAGGUGCAGUUCUAUUAAAAUUCUCAUACUUCUUUAGUUGUUAAAGCUUGGCUAGAGGGACAUGUCACAAGCUUUUUAUUUAUUCCUUAUAUGGCAACAAUUUUGCUUAGCAAAUAAGGUCGAAUACAAGCAAUCUUUUAAUGGUAGAGUCGGACCAAAAAAAGUCUGCAGCGGAUUUGAUAGCCCACGCAGUGCAAGUGUCAUUUAUACGUCUUCAUUCCAUAGAAGUUUGACGUUUCAAAUAACACUUUCACUGCGUGGGCUAUCAAAUCUGCUGCAGACUAUUCUUGGUUUGACUCUAAUUCAUUCCUGCCAGGUAAGGCUUUUUAUAAGUUACCACAUUUUUUUGUGACAUGAUUCUCUGACCAGAGUCGGUAUGCAAUAUGUGAAUAAAAUUCAUGCAUUGGACUAUUAUGUGUGAGGAUAAUUUUAAUAAUUAUUGUUAUCUACAUGUUUAGAGUUAUAUCGGUUUUCAAUGCAAAAUCUAUACUGAAAGUAUUUAUAAAGUAUUUAUGGAUAAUUUUUAGAUUUUGUCUAUAAUUAGUCUUAGUUUAAACGUUUAUGUAAGAUUGUAAAUAAAAAUCAUUAUAUAUAAAACAUUAAGUAGGUACACAUAUUUUAUGAAAAAAAAAUUAUGAACUUUAUAUUAAGUAAGAUAUGUGAUUUUAAAAUAAAGUACUAUUUAAAUA